AUGGGGAACGGGGCAUUAUUUGGAAGCCAUUGUUCCUUGACCAAUGCGUCUCUUGAGAAAGUUGCCAUAGCAAGAGGACUUCAUGGUGUGGAUGAGCUCUUGGUCCAACUAGGAAAGCAAAAAAACGGAGUUUCUACAGAAGAGGCUUUUAAUAUACUAGAAAAGGAACUUGGUCUUUCUGCUUUUGGAGAUGUUAUCAACUCCGAGGUAUAUGCUGGAGGUAUGAAUGGUAGCACUUGCAAGAGGUUGCUGAGAAGGUACAAGGAGGCUAUGGAGUCAAAGGACGAGCUUAGGGUUAGAGGGAAGAUGCAUCUUUUGAAAAAACAUUGUGGCUACAAGCCUACAACUCUACAAGGGUAACGGAGAAAAUGAUCAUUGUUGUAGUGCGCACGAGUAUUAUUGCUGCUUCAUCGUUCUAUACUUUCUAUUAGGUUUCUUGUAGUCAUAUGUUUUGUUGUCACAUAGCA